AUGAGUCCCGACGAGAAGCCGCCGUCGCCGCCCAGCCGCUCCCGGGGCAGCCGGGCGCCUCUGCCGCCGCCGCGGCGCGGGGGGCUCUUGACGGAGACCCGGAGCCCCAUCCUCAGCGAGGCUUUCCAGGAGCGCUACAGCCUGAGCCCAGGCCGAGAACUCGGCAGGGGGAAAUUUGCAGUGGUAAAGAAGUGCGUAAAGAAAGAGUCAGAAAAAGAGUUUGCAGCAAAAUUCAUGAGAAAAAGACGAAAGGGUCAAGAUUGCCGGAUGGAGAUAAUUCAUGAGAUAGCAGUUCUGGAGCUGGCGCAACGCAACCACUGGGUUAUUAACUUACAUGAAGUCUAUGAGACACCAACAGAAAUGAUCCUGGUUUUGGAAUAUGCUGCUGGAGGGGAAAUCUUUGACCAGUGUGUAGCUGACAGAGAAGAUGCCUUCAAGGAGAAAGAUGUUAAGCGCCUCAUGAGGCAGAUCUUGGAAGGGGUUUCAUUUUUACACCAUAAUAAUGUAGUUCAUCUUGACUUGAAGCCCCAGAACAUUCUGUUAACCAGCGAUUCGCCUUUGGGAGACGUUAGGAUAGUUGACUUUGGUCUUUCCAGAGUAAUGAACAACAGUGAAGAGCUAAGAGAAAUUAUGGGGACACCUGAAUAUGUUGCUCCGGAAGUCCUGAGCUAUGAUCCAAUCAGCACUGCAACAGAUAUGUGGAGCAUUGGAGUACUAGCCUAUGUCAUGCUAACAGGAGUCUCUCCUUUCUUGGGAAACAAUAAACAGGAAACAUUCUUAAAUAUAUCUCAGAUGAAUGUAAAUUACUCUGAAGAUUUUGACCUUGUAUCAGAAUCUGCUGUGGAUUUCAUCAAAGCUCUUCUGGUUAAAAGACCUGAGGAACGGGCAACAGCGGAAGAAUGCUUGUUACAUUCAUGGCUAGCACAAACUGAUGUUCCUGACACUCUGUGCUGGAGUAAGAACAUAGAAGAAGAAGCAAAUACUCUUAUUGUAAAUGAGGAAGAUUCCAGUUCAGUUUUUUCUCCGUCUACAGAAACUUCAGAAGACUCAGUAGUGACAGAAGAGCUGAUUGUAGUUGCUUCAUAUACACUGGGACAAUGUAGGCAAUCAGAAAAAGACAACAGUGUUGAACAAAAAACCAUUUCCAAGAGGUUUAAGUUUGAGGAACCAUUGUUGCAAGAAUUGCCUGGAGAAUUUAUUUACUGAAUUGUGACUUGCUUCUCCCGUUGAGACUCUGAAACUAAUUUAGGAGACUGGUCCUUUACCUCUUGCAUUUUAUAUAUAGCCAUGUGUGUAUAUCCUUCUAGAUACAGGAGGAAAAUAUUAAAA